AUGGCUACUACCCUUCAAGCGCUCAAUGCUCAGUACCUCGCGUACCUUAUGCAAUAUCCGUUAUUAACAAAGUCUAUUACUUCUGGUAUUUUUAGUGGGUUGAAUGAAACUGUGUCAUCAAUAAUUACCAACGAGUACAAAGAAACCAAGGUGUUGGGUAUCAAAGUGAAGCAUGUUUUCAGUGAAAAGUUACUCAAGAUGAUCAUCUAUGGGGCAUUGAUUGCAACUCCAAUAAGUCACAACAUGUAUGCUGUCAUCAACAAGAUCUACAAACCGCCCUUGACAAAGAGACAAAAGAUUUUGCAAUUGUUGACCAGUUUACUGACGGUGACGCCAACGAUUUCAGCUUGCUUCGUUUCAUGGAUUUCCAUUAUCAACAAUUACAAACGUACUAGCUGCAACCCUGUCAUUGAGUUGAAAAAAAUUUUGUUUAUUGUCAAGGCAGGGUUGAAAAAGGGAUACUUGCCAGUUUUGAAAUCGUCGUUAAGCACGUCAUUCUUUGCUUUGUUAGUGGCACAAAAUUUCAUUAGACCAGAGUUAUGGGUUGUGUUCUUCAACUUGGUUUACUUUGUUUUGGGAACUUAUCAGAAUACAAAGUUGAAGAAAUUGCAAAAGCAACAGAGAUUGGCUGAAGCGGAAAGGUUGCAAGAGUUGGAAAAGGAGGAAAAGAAGAAUUGA